AUUUGAUCACCUUCCUGGUAAGAAUGUGUGUAUAUGCACUAUAGAUGAUCAUCUUCGCAUCUUCAUCAAUCAAAAUCUACAUCUGACCAUCAUUCGCAAGAAACAAAGCUCGGAUCACCCUACAGCAGAGCUCCUGCUUCUUCGACCAAAGCGUUGCUCUCAUUCAAUAUUCUAAUUCUAGAACACACCCUUCCGCCCAAUAAAACGGUACUUGCAUGAUCAUCCUCACAUUGGCAACUUUCACUUGAGGCACUUCUGCAAAAGAGGCGCCCUUUGCGGCAAACAAAAAACCAUCUUCCGGGCUAAUAGGAGAAAAAAAUGGCUCAAACAAAUGAAGAUGAAACGCCGCCCGCGAUCAGAUCGCAACAUAUUCUAAAGGUGGACCCAGCGUCACCUGCUGAUUCGCCAUUCAAAUCAACUACUUUUGAUCAUACUAAAAAAAGGUCAUUGCAUUAUCCGUCCCAUUCGCAAACCCUUGCCGCUUUACCGCCUACGCCAAUGUCAGCAUACUUUGAUGCAGAAGAUGUUGGAGUAGGAUUUGACGAAGAGAAUGAGUAUACACUUUCUUCAUCCUCUUCUCCUCCUACAUCUCUUGGAACGAGCAAUUUUGAUCGAACAGCUUUUCCUAGACUGACAAACUACAACGAAGGAAAUAGUCGAUCAAAUUAUGCGGAGCCAUCGUCAAGUAUCAAAAAAUCAAUCGCAAUAUUAAACUCAAACACAGACAAAGCACAUCCAACAAAUAUGAGCGAAAGCGACGGCAAUGAGGCAAGCGAAGGCAACCGCUCAUUUUCAUCAGAGGUAGACUCACCUGGUCCAGUAACACCGGCAACUCCAAGCAACUGGAAACCACGGGAAUUGACUCUUUUACGAGCGAGAAAGGGCACUUGGGACUCAGAAACAAACGGACAAGGAAAUACGACAACUUCUUCUUCAGCUGCAACAAUUACACCAACGGCAAAUGACAAAUCAUCAUACCGAACGCUAGAAGGACUUGGAAUACGCGGAGUUGCAAAUUCAAAUGCAAAUGAAGUCAUCAAUCGUCGAUCCUCACGCAUGAUCGCAAGAGAUAUUCUGCCGCCGAUAACAACAUCAUCUCCUGGCACAACGCAUCAGAGAGCGCAAUCAUCCGCAAACAAUUCCAAUGGGUCAUCCUCUUCUGGUCAUGCUCCUCGUGAAUUGAAAUUAGCCGCUUCAAUUGGACCGCCAUCCUCAACGAGGAUGCAUAAUUUUACUUCUGGCUUUCCUCCUUUUAGUAGAAUUCCUACUUCUUCAAACGGAUCCGCUUAUACAAGCAUCACGGCGCCGCAAUCUGUAAGUGCGCCUUCCAGCAGUCGAAUACCUGUUCGUCAUACGCCGGCAUUUUCUCCAGUUGCUUCAACUCAAGAUCAAUUCGCCUCUUUCGCCGCUCCAAAUAGUGCUGCAUCAGGAUCAACUAUUAUUGCAAAGCAAGAACCAAUUAUGAACGAAUUCGAAGAGAUGAAACACGAUAAGAUCACAUCAGGAAUAUCAGCGAAUGUCGACGCAUUGACCUUAGAUGAAGGUUUGUCCAACAGACAAUCGCAUUCUUCUUUACUACUAUCAGAAUCAUCUCAACGAUUUUCUCGAUCCAUGGAUGACUUGAAAGCGAUGCUCUUUGGCAGCGAUCACAGUAUGACGUUGAUGACGGAAGAAGAGAGGUAUUUGCAACAUGGCAAUGUUGAAGAUACACAGCAAUAUGUUCCCCUCAGGAAGUCUCUUCUGAAAUCUGUCGAUGGACCAGGCUCGCAAACGCACUCGUUUGCUCAAUCCCUUUCUGUCAACUCUCGUAGAAGAAAGCCGCCAGCACCGCUCAUUCUCAGUCCUUCACCUCCAUCGAAUUACAGUCAUAGCUCUGCAGGCCAAUCGCAACCUAAUUCGGCAUUGUCGAUGUCGGGUAAACCAUCUUACAAAGUGGCUUCAAAUCAAUCAUCCGUCACUGUUAAUACGGAAGAUGACAGUUUGGCAAUCCAUCAUUCGCAAAAGCCGUCGUCUAAGCCUAGCACAGGCUUGGCUCCUCCCAGUGCUACUUAUCUCCUAGCAAAUCAGACCCCAAACAGUGCCUCUGGAGAUCACUAUUUGACCCCGCUUCAAAGUCCUGCUGUACCUCUUUCAGGCUCCAGCUCUCAUUCUGCCGUGCCAUACGAGCAAACAACGCAUACGGCCGAAGAUCAUGAAACGUUGGUAAGAGCGGUCAGUCGUGUGAAGAAGCACAUGCACGAUUUAUUUGGAGAAGAAAGCUCAUCUUCAGUAGAUGAAAAGUGGAAAGGAGCUAAGGAAGCGAAAGAGGAAAUGAGCAGUGAUGUAGAGGAAACAUUGGUCAAGUCUUCUAGUGUGGGAACAAAGAUUUCAUCAAACACGCAUGCUGAUGAAGAUUCAACAAGCAUUGCUAGUCAAAUGGAAACACCUUCCGUUCGCUCUUCUGAAGUUGGAAACGCGUUUGAGUUUGACAAUAUCGUCGAUGCAAAAGAAGCCAGAUCGGAUAUGCAAGACUCAACUGAUUCCUCAUUUUUGUCAAACAGGCCACCUUCUCCAGAACCUCUAUUAAAUUUCAAUCGUGAGAUUUUCGCACCUGUAAAGGAGCCUGUCCGGAAAUCACCUCAGGAACAGCCGGUAAAAGCAGAGUUAACUCAGAAGCCACUCGGUCCCCCACCCGCUAUUCCGCUUCCAAUCGUACCAGGCGAAGGUGUAAUCAUUGGCAAUAAGAGCAAAAGCACUUCUCCUGUUUUACGAAAUGCCAAGCGAAUUUCCAAUCAAUCUCAAUUUGGCGGCCCAAGACGUGGAUCAAGUCCUUCUGUGGAUAUGGGUGCAGCACUUUCGUAUCAACAAGAUCGAUCUCAAGCGAAUGUAUCCCCUACCAGUACCAGAAGGACGGCUGACCAAUUUCCCGGACAAGCCCCUAUCCGGCAACAUAAGAGCAAACCGUCUAUUGUGCCAGCUGUGCCUUCUUUCGGAUAUCUUGUUCCAUCCACCUCCCGAGAAUCAUCUUCCUCCAAUCUGUCUCCGGUUGUGUCGAAUGCGCCAAUGAAUCCAUUCAAGCCACGACAGGAUGUUGAACAAUUUGGAACAUCCAGAUGGAGUUCAGGAUCGGAAGAUGAAGAUGAUCGACCGAAGUCGAGUGGAGGUCGUAAAUCGAUCGGUGGUCGAUCAAAGAAAGGAAGUCAAAAUGGCGGAAUACCGACUUCUUUGUCCUCAAGACGGAAUACGCAAUCUUCCACUUCAAGCUCUUUGGCUCCUUUGAAGAAGUCCAGCUUAUUCUCAGGAUUAGGUUUGAGAAAGAAGAGCGUUCCUGCCCUUGUUUCGGAUGUAAGCAACCAAUCAUCCCCAAUGAUUUUGGCUUCUGAUUCACCCGCUUUCAGUAGAGGGGAAGGUAUGAAGGAAUUCCCUUUUCCUAAUGUGCAACAACCUCGAUUGUCACUGGCAACCAGCGUACGUUCAAAUGCAUCAAACCUGCCUUCCAGUCCAGUCAUUAGCAGUCCAGUUAACAAUCGAGCUUGGCCAGGUCAGACUGCAGUAGAGCAAAACGGAUCUUUACGUCAUCUGCAACGUCAAGUCAGCACACCUCAUCUUCGGGAUAGAUUCUCAUCGUUGAGCAGGAAGCCAAAUCAGCUCACUCCACGUCCAUCCGAUGCAAGUCUUGCAACAACGGCUUCAGGUUCAAAUGAUUCUUCCAUUCCAUCACCUGCAAUGCAAUUCGGACCGCACGGUCUUGGAAUUCAAGUUGCGCCCGAACGUAGCAUGACGACUGAUUCGGAAAUGGGCAAUGAACCACUUCAAUCACUCGAAUCAAGGUCAAGCGAUACAGGUGUGCGUUUUUCCAUCAAAUCUCAUCAAUCCGGCGAAUCAAUCCCGAAUGUUCAUGAUCGAUUUGAGAAGCAUGCUGCGGCAGUCAUUUCCGCUAGACAGCAACAAAAGAAGGAGAUCAAACGUGAAGUUCGGCAAAGAUCAAUGACUUUGCAUUCGGGAGAAAGGUCAUUAUUUGAUGCUCGAAAUGCUGCUCUGCGAAAUGGUGUUCCUCAUUCUGCUAUACCACCUCCGUUGCCAUUCUUCCCUUCUGAACAUGAUUAUGAGGCGGAAAAAGCUGAAGAAGCGCAUGGACGUACAACAAUUUCUCCAGAUGAAACACCGAGAAUUGCUUAUGCAUCCUUGAGCAAUUCAUCUCACGCACAUGAAUCAGUGCAUUCUCCUGAUCAUGUCAAAACCCAACAAUUCAGUCCUCGUCGUCGUGCAACGGACGAAGAUGAAGGUCUCUUUGCAAUGGGACAAGCUUUGGUCAAUUCAACUUCUUCUCCUUCCGUUUCCUCUGCUGCGCACAAGGAAUGGUUGUUCCCGACAAAGUCAAACCAAAAGGCUCAAAAACAUCAUCGCAUUCGGGCAAAUGGUCCUUCUUCUCGUCCAAGAUACCCUUCCCUGACCGAUCUUGGAAGAGAGUGGCAAUCAAGUUACCCACAAGAAGCAUUCAAUGCUGCUCUUGGACCUGCUUUGUUGGAAAUGACUCUUCAAGAUGCAAAUGAUUUUGAGAGCUCAUCAUCUACUUCCAAUACGGAUGAUUACGGAUCCAGCGAGCAUGAAAGUGGCAAGCAGACGGAUACUCUAGCAAGUAGAGGGCGAGCGAUGCUUGGAGGCAAUGGCAAGCAAGGUCGGGAUGAUCUCUCAAGCGACGAUGAUCACAGAAAACGUCGAGACGGCCAACAAGUCAAGCAAGAGAUCACUACUGAUGUUGAAAGUACGGAUUCUGAAGAUAGCUAUGGAGUAUCUGAAGAUGAAACAUCUCAUAUUGAUCCUAGACUUGUUGCUGGAUCAUCUGGCAAGGCAAAGGCCGCGCACCUUCCAAGCGCUGCAUCAUCGGAUGAUGUUCCACUCGGCAAACAAAUCCGCAACCCAACGGAAAUUUUGAAGAAGCUGCAAAGAAGUCAAACAACUGGAGCAAUGAAGGGAAAGAGCAAAACCGUUUCUUCCUCAUCGGGUAAGGUUGAAGUACCUUCGGGUAAAUUGGGCAAUUCAUUCGAUGCAACAGCAUUGACCGAUCGUCUUCUCACAAUACAACGAUCGCAAUCGGUCAAUUCUAAGGAAAAGCCUUUACCUCAACCGUUCCCGAAUGCGCGAAAAGUUCAACUGAGACUCUCACCGGCUUCGAGUAAUUUCCAACCUUCUUCGGAUGGCGCAACAAUGUACACUGCUUCUGAGAUGCGUUCUAGCGCAAAGCAAAGCGAAGAUGAAAGUGGUGCAAAAGCUUUGCAAUCAAAUGGUGCUCAAUCUACAGUUGUUUCUGAUUUUGCUCAAACUGUUCGUUUGCGUAGUCAAAACCGUUCAAGAAUGCGACCAGUUGCGAUGAACUUUCCCGAAAAUGUGGCAUUGCCGACAAGCAGUGUGCAUACUUCAUCUGAUGCACCGGUGGUUGCUUCAUCUGAACGUCCAAUAGAAAGAAGCCAUCAAACUUUACCGGUAAAAGAACAGGAACCAGAGACGAUCCCGAAGUGGGAAUUCGUACAGCAAGAUACCGCUCCGAGCAACAAGCAAGCAAUAGAUGUACAAGCUCCCAACAAACAGACAGUGGAAUACCGUAUCAAGAUUGCCAGUCCCUCCGGAGUCAAACAGCAGAUAGUCCACGAACAUAAGUCAGCCACCGCACGAGAGUUGGUUCGAGCCAUGAUGCGAGCAGAUGUGAUGCCAGUUGAUGGCAGAGUUGGCGGUUGGGCGAUCUUUGAUGUUUGUCCGGAGUAUGGAAUCGAAAGACCGCUACGGGAAUACGAACGGGCAAUCGAUGUGAUCGACACACGUUUCAAUCCUGCACUGGAUCAUUUUACCGUUCGAAGAACUGAUUUAGCCCCUUAUUUGAGCAUUCAAGCCUUGCCAAAAACAUCUCCAGCUUUGGCCGGAUGGCUUUACGUGCAAGAGACUGGUCGUAAGAAAGGAUGGAACAAGAGAUGGUUUGAAUUGCGCGACCAGGCACUCUAUCAAGCCAAAUCAGAAAAAGGUCGGGAAGAAGUGAAAAUGUGCGACUUAUCUGUUUAUGACGUCUUUGUUCCGAUCGAAGGUGAAACAUGGACUGCAAAAGCGCCAAAGAAGAGCGCAUUCGCAUUGAAAUGCUCGAACAAAAAGGAGGAAGAAUUGGUGAUCUACUUCUGCUUGAGCGAUGCACGAGCAGCAAGACAUUGGAUCACGGCUAUCAAUCGUGCAAGAACAUUCCUGAUGAAAUCUGAAAAGCCUCACCUCUUUGUGCAGAAAGAGUAUACACGAGCCCCUCAAAUGAAAGAAGUGCCCAAUGACAACGCUCCUAAAUCCCAAUCUGCCGGAAUGCCUGCUCCUCCAGUCGUUCCUCAACGUCCAUUGGUGAACUUAAACACGGAGAUUUUUGAACGUGGUUCUUUGUUGAACAACAAUGAGAUCAACAACGGUGCCAAUCAACAAGAACAAGAAUCCAACAUAAAUCUCCCUCCUCGUGGUAGCAGCGCUUCCCACCGCAAGCCUGUUCCUGGUCAAAAUGACAGAUUUGCCGGUGCAUCUAGUCAAUUCCCCACGGAUGAAGACCAAAAGCGCAGAUUUGAUGAAAUACGUGAAAUGGAAAGAAUCCAACGUUCUCUUGGCUUACCGUUGAUUGGGGUCGUUGAGAAAAGUCAACAACAGCAAUAAAGCCGUUGGACAUUGCAUCUAUUGCUCAAUCCCAUUCCUUAUCGAAACCAUUAAUACAACGUUACCCUCCUUAGACUCUUACCUCGUUUGUAUAAAUAUUUAUCUUCUCAUGUUGCAGCGCAGCAUUGUUCGGUUUCUAGAAAUUGAACAAUUGGCCUCCAUGUUAUGUAUACAAUAUCGCUUAGACACACUUUUGUGUGGUCAAUGUAUUCUAUUCUUACUUUUUUUGAAUAGUGUGAUUAUCAUAUUCAUCAAUGCGUUUGUACAUGUACAUGCAUCUUUGAUCCCUUCUUUUCUCCAUCUUUUGAGUAUUAUACAUGGGUGCGACUCUUCUCUAGAUCUUGGUCAUUGGGGCUAACCAAGUAUCGGCUUUCUUGAAUUGUUGGACUAGCUCUGCACUGAUGGAUUUCUCCUUUUCCAAGA